UCAAGCAAUGGAGAAAAGGCAGAUUCUGUGGGGGAAAGUCUUGCUGGUGGUUUACUAUUGUUGCACCAUGGCUGCAGCGCAAACCAACUUCAGCACCGACCAGUCUGCUCUUCUUGCUCUCAAAGCACGUAUUACCGGUGACCCUCAGAACAAGAUCUUGACCAACUGGUCAUCCAACUCCGACGUUUGCAACUGGGUCGGGGUCACUUGCGGUGAACGCCACCUUAGGGUCGUAUUUUUGAACCUCUCUGAGUUUCAUCUCACUGGCACCAUUCCUCCGGAGCUAGGAAACCUAUCAUUUCUUGCUGGGAUGCGCCUAGAAAAUAACAGCUUCCAUGGAACUAUCCCAGGGGAAUUGGCCGGUUUGCGGCGACUCACGUUGUUUAGCUUCGGAUUCAAUAAUUUUGUGGGAGAGAUUCCAUCAUGGUUGGGGUCCUUGUCCAAACUACAAAUCCUCAAUUUGUAUGGCAAUGGGUUUUCAGGUUCAAUACCCACGGUUAUCUUCAACUUGUCUGCACUACAAGUACUUGAUCUCAGAUAUAAUCAACUAUCGGGUACCAUACCGAAAGAAAUCGGGAACUUAACCAUGCUGAAGAUGCUGUACCUAGACUCGAACAAGUUCAAAGAACUUCCAAAGGAGAUUGGUGCUUUAGAUUUGGAGGAAUUGUUUGUGCAAGACAACGGCCUAGAAGGUCUUGUUCCUGCGGGUGUCUUCAACAUGUCUUCUUUGACUACUCUGAAUCUAUAUCGAAACCGUUUGAACGGCAAGGUUCCAGACAAUUUGUGUGGGAAUCUCCCUAAUCUUCAGAAAUUGAAUUUGGCUUACAACCAAUUUGAGGGUCCACUUCCAUCAAGCUUAGAGCAGUGCAAACAACUUCUGGUAUUAACAUUGGGAGAUAACAAUUUCAGUGGGAGUAUACCUAGAAAUAUUGGGAACUUGACGCAGAUCAAGUAUCUUCAUCUUAGUCCAAACAAUUUGACAGGGACAAUACCACACGAGAUUGGUCACCUUGGAAACUUAGAGACUUUAGCACUUGGUGCCAAUAAUCUCAAUGGCCUCAUCCCAUCAGAAAGCUUCAACUUAUCCUUGCUAAAAGGAAUCGAUAUUUCUUUGAAUCAACUAUCAGGCAGUCUCCCUGCAAAUAUGGGCCUUGCCUUUCCAAACCUACAAGAGAUCCAUGUAGGAGGAAAUAACCUUAGCGGAGAGAUCCCAAACUUCAUCUCCAAUGCUUCUAAGCUCACAAAACUAGACAUGGGCCCAAACUUAUUUUCUGGGUUUAUUCCUGCUACCCUCUGUGCCUUAACAAAUCUUCAAUGGCUUCUAUUAUCGUUGAAUAACUUGAUGAUUGAUACUUCUACCCCAGAGGCAAACAUUUUCUCAUGUUUACGUAAUCUCAGAAAUUUGAGGAUGUUAAGCCUAGUAGGAAACCCUUUAAAUACCACCCUCCCUAUUUCCCUUGGGAAUCUCUCUACAUCACUACAAUAUAUGGAUUUUAGAGGAUGCAACUUAAGGGGUAACAUUCCCAACGAGAUUGGCAACUUAAGCGGCUUGACAACAUUGUACCUGGCAUUCAAUGAACUGAGCGGAUCAAUUCCAACGACAUUGGGAAAACUACGGAAUCUCCAAGGUUUGUAUUUGACUUUCAACAAAUUGCAAGGAAACAUACCAGAUGAACUUUGUCAGCUAGACAGCCUAGCUGAUUUAGAAUUGUAUAGUAAUGAACUCUCUGGUACUAUACCUUCCUGCUUAGGUAACCUAGCCAGUUCACUAAGAAAGCUAAUUUUAAGCUACAACAUGCUGACUUCCACAAUACCUUCUUCCUUGUGGGAACUUAGAUACAUCUUGUUGUUACGCCUGUCAUCCAAUAGUCUAAGUGGACCUCUCUCAGAAGAUGUUGGAAAUUUGGCAGUUGUGGCAGAUAUAGAUUUAUCAAACAACCAUUUAUCAGGUUCGAUGCCAAGCAGCUUUGGGGGUCUUGAAAAUCUGGUCUCACUCUCCUUGGAAAAUAAUAAUUUUGAAGGCAACAUUCCUAGUUCAUUUGGGAACUCCCUAAGCCUACAACUCCUGGAUCUAUCCAACAACAGUCUUUCUGGAGUCAUUCCAAAGUCUCUAGAAGCACUCUCACGUCUCCAAUCUCUGAAUCUGUCUUUCAACAAACUACAAGGAGAAAUUCCAACUGGUGGACCUUUCAAAAACUUCUCUUCUGCAUCUUUUGUCUCAAAUGGUGCACUCUGUGGUGCACCCCAAUUGCUUGUUCCACCAUGCAAGAAGAAAGCAGUUGGCAGUUCUUUUCCAAAAUAUAUUAUUAUAGGCAUCUUGUCAGCAAUAGUGCUCAUAGUAGGCCUUGCAUCGAUGAUAAUGCUAUGCAGAAAAAGGAAUGUGGAAGCUGCAAUGGAGGUUGCCAUGUUGCAUCAGCCUCUUUGGAGAAAUGUUUCACACUUGGAACUUUUAAGGGCAACAAAUGGGUUCAAUGAAAGCAACUUACUUGGCUCAGGGGAUUUUGGCACAGUAUAUAAAGGAACGUUGUCAGAUGGGAUAAAUGUUGCGGUAAAGGUUUUCAAUUUAGAAGUAGAAGGGGCUUUCAGGAGUUUUCAUAAUGAAUGCGAAAUGCUAGGCAAUAUUCGUCAUCGAAAUCUUCUUAAAAUAAUCAGUUGUUGCAGCCAAACAAACUUCAAAGCCGCAGUACUGAACUACAUGCCCAAUGGAAAUCUUGAUAAAUGGUUGUAUUCCGAAAACCUUUCCUUAAACCUCCUGCAGAGGUUGAAUAUAGUGAUUGAUGUUGCAUCAGCGUUGGAGUACCUUCAUCAUGGUUAUGGAACACCCAUCACCCAUUGUGAUUUGAAGCCCAGCAACAUACUACUAGAUGAUGAUAUGGUCGCACAUGUUGCUGAUUUUGGCAUGGCAAAGCUUUUAGGUGGUGGAGAUUCUAUGACUCAGACAAUGACCCUAGCCACCAUUGGUUAUAUGGCUCCAGAGUAUGGAACAGAAGGAAUAGUCUCGAGAAGAGGGGAUGUGUACAGCUUUGGUAUUGUACUGAUGGAAACAUUCACAAAGAGGAAGCCAGCAGAUGAGAUGUUUGGUGGGGGUAUGAGUAUGAAGCAAGGGGUUGCAAAUUCACUAUUUCUAGAUGGAAUAGUUGAAGUUGCAGAUGCCAAUUUAUUUGGGACUCAAGAAGGCAAUGGUGUUGUGAGCACGACAGAGUGUUUAUCAUCCAUUCUGGGAUUAGCUCUAGCUUGUUGUGCAGAAUCACCGGAAGAGAGAACAAAUAUGCAAGAUGCUCUAGCCACGCUCAACAAAAUUAAGACCAAGUUUUUGAAGGCCACUGCAGGAGGUGUGGUGUUAAACAGUUCUCUUAUAAGCAGUUCUAAAUUAAAUUGACAGAGAGCUAAGUUGAAAUCGACCAACAAACAAGUCAUAUAAUACAAAGACGGCAGAGAUGGAGUAAAACAAUGUACGUACAAAGGACACUAUGAGAAGUUGCAUACAAUUUCAGAGCGGGUCGAUCGUAGGCAAAUGCAGACAGGAUAAAAUAAAGAUGUAGACCCAUAAUUAUAUAUUUAUAGGCCAAGAAUGUAUAGAAGAUAAUUGAACUUGCUGUAACACAAUAAAAUUAUAGUCAUCAUCAUGGGGUGGUUAGUUUCAUGAU